AUGGAAGCCAGUCCUGUAUCAAAUGAUCGUCUUGAUUUUGGAAAGAUGGGUUAUGGAUGCCAACAUUACAGGAGAAGGUGCAGGAUUCGGGCUCCAUGUUGCAACGAGAUCUUCACUUGUCGCCAUUGUCACAAUGAGGCCACGAACAUGUUGAAGAACCUCUUCGAUCGUCACGAGCUCAAUCGAUGUGAUGUCAAGCAAGUUAUAUGUGCAGUUUGUGACACAGAGCAGCCAGUUGCUCAAGUUUGCACAAACUGCGGUGUAAAUAUGGGAGAAUAUUUCUGCGAAAUUUGCAAAUUCUUUGAUGAUGAUACUGCGAAAGAACAGUUCCAUUGUGACGAUUGUGGUAUCUGUAGAGUUGGUGGUCGUGAUAAUUAUUUUCACUGCAAGAAGUGUGGUUCUUGCUAUGCAACCAGCCUUCGUGAUAAUCAUUUGUGUGUGGAGAACUCUAUGCGUCAUCAUUGCCCCAUAUGUUAUGAGUACUUAUUUGAUUCACUAAAAGAAACUGCUGUAAUGAAAUGUGGGCACACCAUGCAUGGUGAAUGCCGCGAUGAGAUGGUAAAGCGUGACAAAUACUGCUGUCCCAUAUGCUCCAAGUCAAUAAUUGACAUGUCUAAAGCCUGGAAGAGAAUAGAUGAGGAGAUAGAAGCAACUGUCAUGCCCGAGGAUUACCGUCACAGGAAGGUCUGGAUCCUAUGCAAUGACUGCAAUGACACUACUGAAGUUUAUUUCCACAUAAUCGGGCAGAAAUGCAACCACUGCAAAUCAUACAAUACCCGCACAAUUGCACCCCCAGUUCUUCCUCAAUGA